AUGCGUCUCCGUCUCCGCAUAGAGCGCAACUCACUCCCGACCACACAAGCCCUGUGGCCAGUCAAAGAACGUAAGUCUACCAUUGCUCAACUGCUUCAGCACAUCAACGAGGUGUUUCCUCUCGAAGGCGACACAUGGGGUUUGGAGGACUACAGCGUGGCAGUGGGCGGCUAUGAGUGUUUGCACUAUCACGAGAUAGAAGCGGUCUGCAAGGAGGAUGAUGAGGUGACGAUCAAGCCGUUGCAAUGGGUGGAUGUGAGGUCGAGGAGCUUGACCGGGCGCAACCAGAUUUCAGCGGAUGGGAAGCAUUUGGUGGAUGGUGUGCCAUUUGGCAGGCCGUGCUUGAGGAACCCGGUCAGGCCUGAUGUGAGGAUUCCGCCGAGGAAGAGAAGGAGGUUGCUGGAGGGCGAGGCAGUGGGUGGGGAGGGUGAUGCUUUGAUGCUCACUGAGAACGGGGAAGAGCUGGACGAGGACGACGAGGACGACGAAGACGACGAGGACUUCGAAGACGAAGGAGGUGAGAAGGUCGGCUCUGCUGACACUUCUGCUUCCGAGAAGGACUCUGAAUCUAGCAGUGAUUCCGACAGCGACAGUGACUCCAGCAGUUCCGAGAGCAGCUCUGACGACUCCAGUGAGAGCGAAUCAGAGUCGGAGGCCGCGCCAAACCAAUCGAACGGCACCGCAGCUUCUCGCAAGCGCAAGCAAGCACAGAACGGGACCAGCCGGCCCAGAACUACUACUGCUACCGCCACGAUGAACGGCACCUCGAAUCUGCCCUUCCAAGGCAUGGAGAAGACGAAGACGCGCAACGAGAGGCGCCGUGAGAAGAAAAGAUUGACGUUCAUGAAAGAGAAAGGGGUCCUGUUUCCGGACGCUACCUUGGCAGACAUGCGACUGUACGAGGAGACCAACCCGGGCUGGAAGGCCAAGCUCUCACAGCCAGAGGGCAAGGACACUGAAGAGCCAGAGUCGCUAGCCGGCUCCGUAGCUCAAGCGGCCAACCAGGACGUCGCGGAUAUGGAGGAGAACACGGAAGUCGACGGCGCAGGAUUGGACGGCCAUGAGGUCGAGGCAGCAGAAGCGGCACCACACACGGGAACGUCCCAUUCGGACACCAAAGGCAAGAAGAGAAAGAGGCCGUAUGAUGAUGCGGACACAUCAAAGGUGCAGGACCGUGAAGAGAUGGACAAUAAACGCAAGAAUCUGCUGUCCGAACUCGCAUCUGGCGGAAUCGACGUAACUCCGAAGCAGCAGCCCAACAAGCGCACGAAGCGUGAUCAACUCGAUGCGGAGGAGGCCGAUGGCCCGCCCACUGAGCUCAGCUCCAAGCGCCAGGUGAUGACGCCGCUGGAUUCGUCGAUGGAAGAGGAUGUUGCGACGGGCCAGAACGAAGCGUCAAUCGCAACAAAGUACCCUCCAUCGCGCAUUGCAAGGUUCGACAUUUCAAACGUGAGCCGGAUGGUGUAUGGCAGCUUGGGUGUCAGAAGUCCAAAGACACAGGCAGACCGUGAUCGCUUGCAGAAGAAGCUCGCAGACGGAUCAAACCGCGGCAAGAAAAUCAACAAAGCCAGCCCUCUCUUGGAGCAAUCGACGACACCAGGAGCAGCAGAGGAGGACGGGGAAGAUUGGCGACAGAAGAUCCAUCUGACCGCGGUUGAGUGUAUCGACGAAGGCAUCACCCUCUCGGAGCCUCCAUUUCCGUUCCUCCAGCGCUGGCACCCACAGCAAAGGAGGAAGAAGAACGGCAAGCGCGACUCGGGAGCGUACAUGAACAAGCGCGGUCGUGGUGGAAAGAACAGGUACGAGGCGUUCCAAGAGACAUACGACAAGUACAACACCAAAUCAGGCAGCGAUGCGCUCGACUACGACGAUCCUGUGGAAGACGAUGAGUACUGGGAGGAGGGAGCACUGCUCGGUGACGAUUACGAAGAGGAAGCAGAAGAGGAUGAUGGAUUCCCAGCCAUGCCAGAGGACAUCGCUGAGUACCCAACACUCCUCGAGAGCGAAGAAGCGAAGGUUGGCGAUUUCGUGGCGUUCUCCGAGCUGGCGUGCGACCACAGCACCAAUUGGGAGCCGAAGAUGGUCACUCGUCUCGUCAAGGUCGCGGAGAAGCUCGAGGGAGGUCGCUGUGUUCUCCAAGCGCCGAACAGUGAUCGUAGGGCUAAGGUGUUCGACAGGGAUGGGAACAGAGUCUAUGGUAAGUUCGAGAUGCCGGAUGAGGACGAGACGGAGGAGGAUGAGGGGUUGAAGGAGGUCGGGUGGGCUGAGUUGGGGGAGGUGAAGCUGGUGUCUCGCGGGUAG